CUCGAGCUAUAAAACACUGCAUGAUAAUGUCAAGACUGUCAUUUCAGGGGCAGGCCAAAUCGUCUCCACUGCUAGCAUACCAAAAGAGGGUCAUAUGUCUGUUAAACUAGAUUCAAGAAGCCCUUAAAUUCAUUUUAAAGAACAGAGUGACACACACACCACAGACAGGCAGAAUAACAAAGGAAAGGAUCAAAACAACUCAACCGUUAACACUUAACAGAGGAGAGUAUUUCUGAAUUGUCCACCAUGGCAUUCUCUAGUGUCAGUUGGCAAAUGCCCACUAACCUAGCUUUUGAAGACUAUAGUGUCUAUAGUCACUUUUCUGAAGAAGAGCUGAUUCAGCUGGCUGUUGAACGAAGCCUAACAGAUGCCUACGGUCCUUCUCAACCUGCUCAUCAGUCGGCAUAUUCACCACCUACACAAACGCAGUUGGUGCCCUCUCAAGAUGUCCGCAUACCUACAUUUCAUGUGGUCCAAAGUGAAUUUGCAGCCAGGAGACCAGAUGCUAUACACACUCUGAAUGUCCCUCCCCCUGCACUUCCACCCCAGACAGACAAUCUCAGCAGUGAUAUAGCCAAAUUAAAUUCUGCCAUCUUGAAGAAUGAUGCCGAAACAGUGAGUAAAAUUGUAUGCAGAAUGCCAGCUGAGAGUCUGUGCAAACCAGAUACGGAAGGAUGGAUACACUUGCAUAAGGCUGCAUACGAGGGUUCUUUGGAGUGUUUGAAGGUGCUGGCAAAAGCUUUUCCUAAACUAAUCAACAAGGGCACCCACAAGAACCAAACCCCUCUGAUGUUGGCCGUUGCUUGUAAACAUCUUUCAUGUGCCCAGUUUCUGAUUGCAGCUGGAGGAGAUCCUAACAUUGCCAAAACAACAGGCGAGACAGCUCUCUUCAAAGCCUGUGAAAGGGAAGAUGAGAAGAUGGUGAAGCUUAUUCUGAAAUCUGGAGGGAGUAUAUCAAGGGGCAAUGAAAAGGGAAUGACUCCUUUACAUGAAGCAGUGGCAAACAGAAAUGUCAACUGUUGUAAGUUACUGGUGGAAGCUGGAGCGCACAUAGGGGCCAAAAACAGUUAUGGGAUUGAUCCGCUGUUCACAGCCGCCAUGAUAGGAUCCACAGAACUACUGAGAUUCUUCAUUUCAUGUGGAGGAGAUAUUAACACUGAAGCUAACGAUGGAGCAACAGCUUUGUAUGAAGCAUCCAAGAAUGGCCAUGAGGAGGUGGUGAGGCUGCUUCUGUCCAGAGGAGUAGAUGUGAACAAAACAACUAAAGCAGGACUGACCCCUCUUCAUGUUGCAUCAAAGAAUGGACAUGUGCGAGUUGUGUUGCUGCUGCUUCCACAUACCUGCACAAUAGUUGUGAGACGCAGUGGUAUUAGUCCACUCCACCUUGCAGCAGAGCGGAACAGAGAUGGGAUCUUGGAGGUUCUCAUUGAGGCAGGCUUUGAUGUCAACACCCAGCUGUCAGUGGACUAUUCUAUGAUGUAUGAGGACCGUCGCACCACAGCACUCUACUUCACGGUGCGCAGCAGCAACGUAGAAGCAGCCUCCAUGCUGUUAGAGGCUGGUGCUGACCCCAAUCUGGAUGUCUUCAACCCUCUUCUGGUAGCCGUGAGGAAGGGUAAUAUGGAGAUGGCAUCCUUGCUGAUGGAGCAUGGGGCAAAUGUGAAUGCCUGCUUGCCAACACACCCAACCACCUUCCCAGGGGUGCUCCUCUUCUGUAUGAAGUAUAGACUCAUGUUCAAGCUCAUUUUGGAUAAUGGAUGUGAUGCCAGUGCUUGUUUCACUUGUGUCUAUGGAAACGGCCCACAUCCUCCUGUCAAGAUCAGACAUCCCACUUGGGAUAGUCUGCACAUGUAUAGAACUGAAGAUCCUCAUACCACAACAAUACAGUUCUGUGAAGUGAUGGCAGAUCCUUCUCACUCUCCAUGGGCUGGAUCUAUAAUUGAUCUCCUGUUAGAUUAUGUGGGUCAUGUGAAAUUGUGUUCAAGACUGAUUGAACUUCUGGACAGCAACAAGGACUGGGAAUACAUCAAAUCAAGACCACCUUCCUCCCUGCUCCAUCUGUGCCGAGUGAAGAUCCGCCAGUGGGUAGGAUGUCAGAGACUGAGGAGAAUGACCAGCCUUCCUCUGCCUGGACGACUCAUCAAGUACCUGUUCUACGACAACAGAGAGUCUGAGGAUUUCUUGCAUUGUGGUUUAGACUAAGUGUGUAGGCUACAUAUUCACUUUCAGUUGCAGAGAUAUGGAACAGCUCUUUCAGAGUUGACUCUCUCAGUCAACACAGAUGCAAUGCGACAACAGCACCACCACACUCUGAAACAAAUUACUUCCAAUAGUGAUUUGCUGCACUGAGCAAAGCGCAUAGUAUAGUUGAACAGCGCACUGACAAUGGAUGAAUCUCGAUGUCCCCCUCACAGACUCACAUACUUUAAUGAAAGACUUGUGAAGUGCAUGAGGGCUUGCUCUCACCCUUUCCGUAAGUUGGCAUUGGUGCAGACUUUACCGAAUGGAUUUACCCACAAUUCAUGACGCAAAACACAAGGUUACCCUUACCGUCUGACCGUCAAUCACAGUCUGGUGCAGUCAGGACUUAGACCUUAGGGGGGACAUCGAGAUUCAGCCUAACACUCAAUAGAACUUUUAACACAAACAAAGCUUCCAUCCAGGCACGGAAUGGAAAUUAGGUAAAAGCUAAUAUUGUGUGUCUGAGUUUUCCCAAUUAUAUGACACAAGUUUAUGUUUAUGCUGAGACUUUGGGAGGAAAGCCAUAUCAUGGAAACACAUCUUGAGUCAAGGAGGCAUAUCAAAUGUGUUUUACAGAAUUCAAAACUAUGUUUACCUUGGCAUAGUUGAAUAAUGAUAGCUUGGUGAGUAAAACGGACAUCCGUCUAAAAUCCAAUUGUUGCCUUCUUCAUAUGCAAAUCCCAUAACUUGAAAUGGCCGCUGAAAACAGGUCAACGAACCCCCAAUGUUUCGUAACACAUGGCGUUACAGUGUUUCCCACAGAAUUGGAUUCAAUUUGUGGCGGUAGCUGACUUUGACAACGGGGGGGGGGGGGUGUUAAAAUAAAGGUUCGUACUUCUCCUUGGGACAAGC